CUGUCGCAUUGCUCUCUCCCUCUUGACUUGACUUUUUAUUCUCGCACACUUGCACCACUAUUAAACGCCUUGUCAUCGCGAUAGUCUGAGGCGUGACAACAGCAGCAAUAGCUACCACUUUCCAAAAUGUCGGCGACUGGCGGCGCAGAGAGCGAGAUACCUACAGUACUUCCUGUCCCUGACGAGACCUCAAAUUCAUCUCCGCAAGAGCGCCUAGCCAACCUCACAGCAAAGGCCACUGCUGAAUAUGCCGUCAAACACUACUCGGAAGCAGCUGAGCUGUACUCACAGGCGACCGAGUUGCAAGCCGAGAUCAACGGCGAGAUGGCGCUCGAGAACGCGGAUCUGCUGUACUCCUACGGAAAGUGUCUGUUCUUCCUCGCCCAACAAACAAGCUCGGUACUUGGCGGGACUGCGGCAUCUGCGCAGUUGUCCAAAAGCAAGGGAAAAUCCGCUCCAAAGAAGCGAAAAGUGACUGCGAAUGGCUCUACAAACGGUGCAGAGGCGGGUGACGGUUCCAAGGCUGUAGGCGCCGCGCCAGAAGAGGCCGUCCCGAACGUGGGCGAUGUUGUGCCAGAACAAGACGUCACGCCGGGGCAGACGACCUCAGAGAAGCCUUUCUUCCAAAUCACUGGUGAUGAUGAAAACUGGGACGAAUCAGACGAAGAAGAAGUGGAACAGGAUCAGGAGGCGGAAGAUGAAGAGGAUGACGAUUUCACGAAUGCUUACGAACUCUUGGACCUCGCCCGUGUCCUGUACUUGAAGAAGUUGGAUCAUGCUCAGGAAGAAGUGCUGGAAGAAUCGGAAAAGGGAAAAUACGUGGCGUCGAUAGACCUCACGCCCGAAGUCAAGACCCUCAAGAAUCGUGUCGCAGAUAUCUACGAUCUACAGUCGGAAGUCUCGUUGGAAGGCGAGAAAUAUUCCGCUGCCGUAACGGAUCUGAAGAACUGUCUUGCUUUGAGAGAGGAGCUGGAGCCGCCGGAGUCAAGCAUUCUCGCUGAAUGCCACUACAAGCUCAGCCUAGCUCUGGAAUUCAGUGCUCAGACGCAAGAGCGUGAUGCGGAUGGGAAUCCAACCGGUGAUCUCCAGAUUGAUUGGGACAUUCGAAACGAGGCGAUCACGCAGCAGGAAAAGGCCAUCGACUGCUGCAAAUUACGUAUAUCUAAAGAGACUGCAGCACUGGAGAAAUUGGACCCAGGUCCGCAGAAAGACAAGGCCAUGGCACAAGUCGAAGACGUUCAAGACAUGGUUGGAGAGAUGGAAGUGCGACUGGCAGAACUCCGCAAGCCGCCUGUUAAUGUCAAGGAGGAGACGGAGAUGAAAGAACAGAUUUCGGGUGUCCUGGGCAGUAUCCUAGGCAGUGGCGCGACCGAGCAGGAAAGAAAAGAAAAGUUGGCUCAGGUAACAGAGACGGCUACUGACCUAACUGGGCUCGUCAAGAGAAAAAAGCCCAAAAGCACGCAAGCCAAUGGAGGGGACAGCGGUGUGGGCUCUUCUGCGUCCACUCCUGCCACCAUGGGAGAAGCGCCUGAAGCAGGGCCAGCAAAGAAACGCAAAGUCGAGUUUGUUGAUCAAAUAGAAGGACCUCACAACGACAAGAAGGCGAAAGUUGAGGACGCAGCGGAUCCGGGAGUGUAAUGCGUUGAUGACCCGGAUGGUGUUGUAUGAAGGUGUUGGAAAUUACACUGCCUCGCUUCGGCAAGAGGCUCUACUGCUGAUACCAGCAUGAAUUUCUUCAAUGGUAGAUGGGUUCUCUCGCGUUCGACGCGUUUACUUCUGAUGUAAAAUAGCCAUAGCCUCAACCUCGUAGAGCAACUCUGGAUCUGCCAAUGCCGCAACGCCG